AUGGGCGGAGAAACUGCCGCUGUGCGCUGUUAUUAUUGUAAGAGUAAUUUCUUUUUUUCUUUUUCUUUUCUUUUUUUUUAUUUUAAAAUGGCGUCCAGUCAGGGAGGCGUGGGAGCUGUCACCGCUCUACAAAGCCAUCACUAUCCCACCGGACCUCACUGGAGCCCGGGCAUCACACCGUUCCAGCAGCAGCACCACACGGCCCGAAGCCUGGACCGGGCUCUGGAGGAUGCCGUGUGCUCGGGGAUACUGAACCUGAGCGGCAGGAAGCUGAGGGAGUACCCGGGGAUGAGCUACGAUCUCACCGAUACAACACAAGCAGAUCUGUCUAAGAAUCGGCUCACAGAAAUCCCCCCAGAAGUGUGUCUGUUUGCCCCCCUGGAGUCACUCAACCUCUACCACAACUGCAUUAAGUGCAUCCCAGAAGCUAUUAUCAAUCUGCAGAUGCUGACUUAUCUGGACAUCAGCCGAAAUCUUCUGACAGUGUUGCCGAAAUACCUUUUCAACCUUCCCCUGAAGGUUUUGCUUGUGAGCAACAACAAGCUUGUGUCCAUCCCUGAAGAGAUUGGCAAGGCCAAAGACUUAAUGGAACUGGACGUGAGCUCAAACGAGAUCCAGGCACUGCCUGCUCAAGUGGGAAAGCUUCAAGCCUUGAGAGAACUCAACAUCAGGAAGAAUAGUCUUCACAUGCUGCCUGAUGAGUUGGCUGACCUGCCUCUCAUCCGACUUGACUUCUCCUGCAAUAAGAUCACAGAGAUUCCUCCAGCCUACAGGAAGCUGAGGCAACUGCAGCACAUCAUCCUAGACAACAACCCUAUGCAGUCUCCACCGGCACAGAUUUGUCUUAAAGGCAAAGUGCACAUAUUUAAGUACCUGAACAUGCAGGCUUGUAGGAUGGAUAAGAAACCAGACACCCUGGACCUCCCCUCUCUUGGCAAGCGUUGCCUACCGCAACCACUAACAGAUAGCAUGGAAGAUUUUUACCCAAGUAAGAACCACGGUCCUGACUCUGGAAUUGGUAGUGACAAUGGUGACAAGAGGCUGUCUACAACAGAGCCUUCAGACGAUGACACCGUCAGCCUGCACUCUCAAGUUUCAGAGACAGCCCGUGCCGACGCCCUGUCACUCCUCUCCAAAAUGGACUCUUGCAAAGAUCAGGAUCUCUAUGACUUUAUAGAGCCCAACCCGGAUGAGGAUCCUGCUCUGUCAGAGUGCAAUGGGCAGCAAAGCAGUCAUGUGUCUUGUAUAAAGGAACUGGAGAAAGUUCUUAACAUGUCUCACCAAAGCAAAGAUAAAGACAGCUGGAAAGAGGAGUCAGGUUCUGAUAAGGAGCAGCUAGCUGAGGAAGAGGACGAUGAGCUGAAGGAAGUGCUUGACCUGAGGAAGAUUGCUGUCCAGCUUCUGCAGCAGGAGCAGCAGAACAGAUUCCUCAGUCACUCUGGAAGCUCCGGCAGCAAACCGAGACUCACAACUCAGACCGCUCGCAGUGCCUCUUUAGAUGAAGGAAGCAGUGGAGCGUCAGUGCUGAGUGGACAGCCCUCUUCCUCCUGCUCCUUUGAUGGCUGUCUGAAGACAGAUCAGUCCGAUUCAGAGCCAAAGUGGCCUGAGAUCCCACCUGUCCUCAAUCAGAAUGAAGACCGCAGGCGGAACAAGUAUCUACGAAAAGAUUAUCUGAAGUACAAAUGUCAGAGUGCUCGCAAAAACUCGAGUGGCAACGAAGACUCUGAGGAGGGUUUGCGCAACACUGAUUUCAGCACUACUCUGACAGUGUUUGGACUUAAGCCAAGAUCAGCCUUCACCAGAGGAAGCCGUCAGGAGAUCAGCUCUACAGACCCGAGCUUCACGAUGAGAAGGAAGAUGGAGCACUUGAGAGAGGAAAUGGAGCAGAUAGGACUGUUACGACAGAACAUUGAGUCCAGGCUGAAGGUGUUGCUUCCGGAUGAUGUUGGAGCAGCUCUAAUGGACGGAGUUGUCCUUUGCCAUUUAGCUAAUCAUAUCUGUCCUCGGUCUGUCGCCAGCAUCCAUGUACCAUCUCCUGCGGUGCCAAAGCUUAGCAUGGCCAAAUGCCGGAGAAACGUGGAAAACUUCUUGGAUGCCUGUAAGAAGCUGGGUGUCCCACAGGACAAGCUGUGCCUGCCGCAUCACAUCCUAGAAGAACGUGGCCUAGUGAAAGUGGGUGUGACUGUGCAGGCUCUGCUGGAUCUCCCCACGUCUAAGCCCACGCAGGUCUCGACUGUUUGACACGAGCCUCAGUUUUGCAUCUGACCUGCACUCGUGCAGGAUCACCUCUCUCCCAGGCCCAAACCUUCUUCCUCAUUACCAGGGACCAGAGAGCCCAGUGGGGCGAGGACACAGUGACCCCAUGGGUCUUUUGGAGUCGACUUUUGCCUGACUGAAACAGGAGACAAGAUGUCUAAAUGCUUCUGUCUCUUCAUAUGAUGUCAGCUACCACUUACCUCUUUUCCAUCACAUUUUCACUCUUAUGCUGUUCCUAUUACUGGGGUCAUCCUGGAUGUGUGUUUUCUAAGGUGCUGAGCUAAAACUUGCAGAAGAGGCACACACGACGGUGAAUCUAAGACAUUAAAGGCUUGUGCGUCCUUCUUUCUAGUCACUGAGUCUGCGAGUGUCAGCACUGACCAUGUGGAAGUGGAAGUGAGGAAAUGACAGACACAUAACUCACUCUUUCACUGGAAAGGACUAGGCUGCCUGUACUGAGUGACCUUAUUUGGUACUUACACUUGAGUUGCUCUUCUUACUUGUGAAAUUUAUUUUCUCAGUGAAUUUUUUCUUGUUUCUUUUUCAUGGUUUUACACAGUCUUCAUCAGGCAUGCAAGGAUGAUAUCCUGUUUUGAGCAGCUAAGCCUGAUUGAUCAAUUGUUUUGUUUUUGUAAGACAUUUAGACAGUGCUUUUUGAAAGCCAGUGUAAUCUAGGAAUGAAUUUAAUGUUAUUAUCAUGCAGACAGAGGACUUUCCGCCUGUUUUUCUGGUGCAGUUUCAACACCUUUCAACCAUAAAUCACAUCUGCAUGCACCAGGGGACUUGACAUAUGACCACUGUGAUAAUACGAACUUGGCUUUUGCCAAAAGCAUGAUAUCUUGUUUUGUACUGUAGCAUUUUUUCACUGUGUUUUUUUUUUUUUUUAAACUCUAGGCCAUUCUCGAUUUUACCUUUUCUGAAGCUUUUGAUACUUUGCUUCCAGCUGUUGCCAGUUAAUGCUUGCCAUUUAUGUGAAAUUAGCAGCACAGAUCUGCUGCAUUGUUUAUAUUCUAUGUGAAUAUUGUUUGUGAACGGCUGACUGAUGGGCGCCUGGAUCUGAAAAUGGUUCAGGGUGCCCCUACAAACUUCCCACGCACGGUAUGGUCUUAUUUUCCCACUAAGCCAUCCUGUUUAGUGUGGUUUCUAAUACACUUUAUUUCAGGGAUAUUCAAUUAUUUAUCUAUUUAUUUACUUGUUUUAAUUGUGUACGUUUUUGAUUUGUGUGUCUCUGUCCUCCUUACCUGCCCACAUGCAAUUGAAGAUGUUAAUCUCAUGUUUUUCCAGCAAAUGGAAAAUGACUAAAAGCUUUUAACUUUGGCACUAUUCUGUUCCAUAUGGUGGAGCUGAGAGUUCAGUUCACUGCCACAUGAAAAAACACACGCAAACAGACAAAACACAAACCAGAAAUUGAAACCAUAAACUAAUCAAGAGAUCUGAAGAGUCAUUUUCUUUAUUUUUAUAUAAACACAUUUUUUAACCUUACUUCUCAGACCAUGAUUUGCAGCCAUGGCUAAAAAGAAGUUCACCAUCUAUCAUUUCUAUGGUUAGCAGGAUCAUACCAGGAUGUAAUUUUAAAAGUAUAGUUCUUUUCAGGUCUAAAACUUAAAUAACCCUAAGGACAUAUUAACACAUGACAUAAUACAAUGUUAUUUAACAAAAAAGACGUCAGAGUGCAGAGGCACUGUGUGAAAAGCUAAGUACACUAAAUGAUUGAGUAGCUUGUAGAACCACGUUUAGCAGCAAUAACUUGAAAUAGUGGUUUUGUGUGUGGCUUUAUUUGUUUCUGACAUCAUUGUGAAGGAAUUUUGGCCCACUCUUCUUUACACGCCACAGGAUUUCAGUCAGGUUGAGGUCUGGGAUUUCUGUUGUAGAUUCACUUACUGUUGCAUGACGCGGUUUUGGCCAAGCUUUAGCUGUCGGACAGGUGGCCUCACAAAAUUGACUCUAGAGUACUUUGGUAUACAAACAAGUCAUCACUCCUCUUCCACCGUGCUUUUUAACAGUUUAAGGUAUGAAACGUUUGAGUUAAUCUUAUCUUAUCGUAUUUGCUUUUUGCCAAAUGUGGUCCACUUUAGUCUCAUCUGUUCAAAGGGCAUCGUUCAAGAAGUCUUGUGGGUUGCACACGUGCAACUUUGCAAACCUAAGCUGUCCGCCAUGUUCUUUUAAAAGCAGAGGGCUUCCUCUGGCAAGCCUUCUAAACAAACCUUAUGUGCGGCAUAAAGUUGUUGUCACUUUGUUGAUGUCUCCUUGGCAUUGAACCAGUUCAUACCGGAGUGCUCCAGACCAGAAAACUGUCAAAGCAUCUGCUUUUAUAGAGGAGCUUAGGAAUAAUAAGCAAGGACUUAGUUUUUCACUCACUUCUUCUACAUUAAGGCUUACGUUUUGUUAAAUAAAUAAUGAUAUGGUGUAUCAUGUUAUCUGUUGUUGUUCAUCUCCAGAUGUGCUUACCUCAUUUUAAGACCUGCGAUGGACAGAUUUAAUAUAUUAUGUCCUAAUGUGCAAAACCUUAGUACAACACAGGGGUUGUAUUGUCUUUUUACAAUGACUGUGUAUACACUCUGUGUUUAAAACAGAGUUUAAAUUAAAACCUAAAGCGAGGUUAAUGAUUGGAUUUGCUGUAAAUAGAUUACUGGCAAAAGACUACAAGAUCUACUAAAUAUGGGCUAACACGACAUCCCUAACCACUUCAUAGGGCCAGGAUACCCAGUUCCCUAAUCUGACAGAACAAAGAGAAAACUUGGUUAAUGAUCGGUAACUGACUUCACUAACUUCGGGUUUCUUCACUCGCAGCCAUUAGAAACAAAGUAUGAUGACCUAGUUCACACACCAUUCUCACACAAUAGCUUUCAUGCAGCCAACAGCCACAGACGUCACUGAAGGCUAAUUGCUUCUAAAUUUGCAUGCUGAUAUGAUACCAGUUAAAUUACUUCUGGCAGAGAAGUCUUAGAUAGCGCAGCUAUGGCAGUCUCAUGUUUUAACAAGGUCUCUCUUUUUACCACAGAAACAAGUUGACAGGGUGGUUAGAGCAGAGUGAUGUCUGGUGAAUAUGUGGCGGAUCAAAAACCCGGCCUAUUUUUUUGGUGAGCCUUAGCUUUACUAGCUUAAAGAGGCUAAAAACUAAUGUGAAAAAACAUUUGAGACUGGAUUAGAACAUGUAGAACUACUGUGCCUCAGAGGAGGGAUAGCUUUAUUUAUUUAUUUGUUCACUUGUAGGUUAACUUCUCUGUACAGGAUAAUUUAUGUUGUUGUUAACUUAAACAGCUUCUAUGCCGAUGAGCUGCAAAUCUCCGAUUGGCCAUCUUACUUGUGGAGACUUUGCUCAGAUGCAGUGGUCAAACUUCAUGAAAGGAAGUUGAGAGACUUGCACUUCUGGUUUGAUUCCAGGAUACGACCGUGUGUGCCAAAUUCUUGGUUUCCAUGUUACUGCUUUUCACCUCACGUUAAUAACCCCAGUGUCUCAAUUUGAAUGGUGUUCAUGAGAACCUCUGCUUCCUCUGAAUAGCCUGUAUUUUUUUUUCCCCCACUGAUGCUAUGGCGUCAUGUUCCAGAGAACAGAUAUCACAGAGAUAAAAUUAAGCUUCCAGUUUAUCAGACCUUGAGUGUAAAAUAUGCAUAAACCAUCACAGAAUCUCAGGUCGCACAUUUUACUUAUGCAGAUAACUUUGAGUCUUUAUGAAUGACUGUACUGUUGGUCACUGGGUGAUGUUUCCUGGUGUGUCAUUUGGAAUGUGGUAGUUGUUCUUUUUCCUGCAGGGCUCUAGUUAACAAGCAAAGCAAGCAGCAGUCAGUGAGCUCUCUUUUAAAGUAUCUACUGUAUGCAUUCACCAAAUGUAUUGCCGUGCAGAAUCCUUUAUCCUGAAACACAAUCAAAUGUAACAUCUGAAAAAUAAUACAUAAAAUAAUAAUAUUACACUGUAGUAGCCUGACAGGAGCUUUUUGGGUAUAUCUGAUGGUAGCUUUCUAACUUCUUAUCUUUAAACGAUAAGAAUGACUUGAUACCUGAACUUACCUUUGGGUUAUGUAGCUAUAGAUACUGUUACAAAUAUUAACAAUGGUGCAGAACCUUAGCUAAGAAUGUGUUGCCUCAUCUCUGUCUUUUAAAUUACUGCACAUAUUCUGUUGUUUUAAAUAAUGCAGUUGCUCUCAGAUUUGAGGUCCUUUGUGUGAAAAGUGAAAGGAAAAAUAGAAUUUUGUAAACAAACUAGAAUACAUUUUCAUGAUUUUGUCACUCGUGAAGACUGCCUGGGACUGGGACACAUAGCGUGUUGAAUAUCUUACCGCAUAGACAAUGUUUUGUGGCUUUAAUCAUUAUUAUCCGGUUACUGAUGUGGUUUUCCAUGGGAUUCGACUGAGAUCUUCAGAUAAUAGUGACUCAUACAGAUGAAGGAAUAUAAACAGAGGAUAAUUUUCUCUCCUGUGGGGAAAAGAGGUUAAACCACCUGAGACAAGUAAUACCCUCUGCUAAGGCAGGAAUAUAUGUGCAUCUACAAGUCAUAAAAUAUUCAGUAAUUGCAAAUUAAAUUUUCACCACACCUUGUGGAAAAAGCCACUUUCAUAUAAAUCCAGUUGAAAAAAAAACCUCACACACCCUCAGAGUUCUUUGUCCUCAAGACAUGGAGAGAUUAGCACGAGGCAGGCCUUACCCCAUGUGUAUUUUUCUAUUUCUAAUAUCCAUAGUAACGCAUAUUGUAUUAACAGGUGUGUCUCAUUUCCUAAGGGCUGCAAUUCAAGUUAAUAAUACUUUCAUAUAAAUCCAAUUGGACACAAAACCUCAGUGGUGUUUUAAGUGGUACAGAUUUAGGCUGAAUUGAACUGGUGUUGGACUCUGACGCUGCGUGUAACAACUGUAAGUUGUUGUAGAAAGCAAGGGACAGCAGCAGCUUGACCUCUGUUAUCUCUUUCUGCAAUAUACUUGUGUCAUCACCGCACCGCUCGCUCCCCUGCAAAGACAUGGCACAUUACCUUUUCAUUCAUCUAAACCAAGUACCAAUGAGUUGUCCUGAAUUCAUUUCUAGAGAGUAUCUUGUAAUCGAAGUGUUUCUGCAUAGCAUAUUUACAUCUUGGUAUUUGAGAAAGAGAUGUGAUAUUUUCUGACAUUUGACGGGAGCUUAACCCCCCCCCCCCCCCAUCUGUACCCAGUGUAUGGAUUUUCAUUUUGACUGAAUCCAUUUCUGUGACAUUGUAUGUUUAGCGGUUGUUAGUAAAUCCUUAUUUAAAAGUAAAUCUGUGUGUUUAAGGUUGUAAUCUGCGCCCCUGUUUGUACUGCCCAUGAAGUAAUCCUUGCUCUGACAGUUUCUCAAGUUCAACCAAAGAUAAGGCUUCGGUGGGCUAACAACAUACGAGUUUUAUUGUGAAAUUUCCACUUUAUUGUUCAGUAUCUUUUUGUUAGAGGAGUAAAGAACACAAAGAGGACACUGCACGAUAAGAUUAGAGGAAGAAGCGCACGAUCCCUCUAGCCCUUUAGCUUGGCCCUACCUUAAGGACUCUAAUCUCCAUUACUUUAGCAGGGAUUUCUUCAGGGCAAGCAUGGACUGGACGAAAUAAUUAUAGGGACUGAUUUCUCUUAACAUAUAUGAAUAGUGUUCAGAGGCAGGCCUUCAACAAAGGUGAACGUGAUCUUUUUUGCACUGUUUGGAAGUGUGAAAAUGUCUCUUUCUCUAACUAUUGCUUGAUGAAUGUCUCUCAUCAUUAGUGAACAUUGUGUUACCUCAGCAACUGAUCCAUCCACUGUUUUUUUUUUUUUUUUUAAUGUUUCUUAUUAGGCCCGGGGGCAGGUUUAUGUGCUUCUAUAGAACGGCAAUGUACAGGAUGUUUUGGAAUAAUGGGAAAGUCCCUGUGCUGCAUACUUACUGAACCGUCUGCAAUAUGUAGAAUUCAUAUGCAUACACGAAAAGAUAGUGGUGCUGAUUUUUUAUUUUGUAAUUUUGUAUGUGAUAAAUCCAUUGCCGUGCCUAAGUAUCUGUUAUUGGUUUAAUUGGUUUACGUUUCAUCUCGUUAGGAGAAAACAGUGAAAUAGUGAGUUAUGUCUAAAUGCUACACUGCCGAGAGAAUUCACAAUUCAUGUACAUAAUCUGUUUUUUUUUGUAUUUAAAACUGGUCUGACGCAUGCAAGACUACAAAAUCACUGAAGCUAAACCUGUGUACAUAUCAUCUGUGUAAAUUCCAAGGUUUUCUUAUAGCGAACAUGC